AUGUGGAAGAAAAGGGUGGUGUUGGAUGUGUUGGUGGAUGUGGAGGAUGUGGUGGUGGAUGCGGUCGUCGAGGAUGCGGUGGUGGAUAUGGUGGUGGAUGUGGUGUUCAAUGUGGUGUUGGACGUGGUGUUGUUGGAUGUGGUGUUGGACGUGGUGGUGUUGGAUGUGGUUUUGGAUUCGCCGGGCCUUUCACCCGCUUCCCUUCCCACCCCCAGACCCACGGAGCCCGCUGCCUUACCCCCGCAGCUUCACAGCCCGCGUCGGCGCCUCUCUCAGUCGGAGACGAUGCCAGCCCGCUGCGGCCCCGGAGCCCCCCGCGCGGGGCGGACGCCCCUCUCCAUGCUGGCGCUCUACCUGUCGUCCUCGGCUCUGCUGCUGCUGACGGGCCGCCCGUGCCACGCCUCGCCCUCCGGCCCCGAGUCGGACAGCUGCUCCACCCUGGUCCAGAGCCGCUUCUUCGGCUUCUUCCUGUCGUCCCAGGUGUUCCCCGCCGUGCCCUGUUCGUGGACCCUGCAGAACCCCGACCCGCGGCGCUACACCAUAUUCCUCAAGGUGACCAAGCCCACGGACGGCUGCGCCCCCUCCCAGCUCCGCACCUUCCAGUUCGAGUCCUUCCUGGAGACCACGCGCACCUACCUGGGCGUGGAGAGCUUCGACGAGGUGGUGAAGCUGUGCGACUCCGACGCGGCCCCCGUGGCGUUCCUGGAGGCGGGGAAACAGUUUCUGCAGAUGAGGAAGGCGCCGCUGAGGGUGGGCGGGCGGGGCGUGGCCGCAAAGGGCGGGGCGCCAUCGGACCACGGGGAGUUCAAGACGGAGUACCUGGUGGUGGGCAAGCGGAACCCCAGCAUGCCCGCCUGCCAGAUGCUGUGCCAGUGGCUGAAGGACUGCCUGACGUCCAGCACGUCCAGCAGACCCUGCGGCAUCAUGCAGACGCCCUGCCUCUGCUGGGGACCUCCGCUACAGCCGCUCCAGCCGGAUAGCUGCGACCACAACGGCGUUUUCCACGCGGACUGUACACCCGGGGCCAAGGAGAAGGAUGUAGAGGUUCAAGAAGGAUGGAGCGUGUGGGGACAGUGGGCUGAGUGCAGCAGUGAUUGCGGAGGGGGGGUCCAGACCAGGAGCAGAACGUGUCGCUCUCCCCCAGAAGAGUCCUUCCUGUGUGAGGGCGUGCUGGAGGAGGGCCGGCCCUGCAGGAACACCCAGGCCUGCACGGGGGCACUCGGUAAAGCCCAUCAGCUCUCUCGCAGCCAGUCCCUGCGCUCGGUGGACAACCGCAAGCGUGAUGAAGCAGACAAGGUGCGGGUAGACUCACCCUCCUCGGGGGAGGAGUGGUCGGCAUGGAGCGUGUGCUCGGCCACUUGUGGGGAGGGCUGGCAGAGCCGCACGCGUUUCUGCGUCUCCUCCUCCUACAUCACCCAGUGUAGUGGGCCGUUGCGGGAGCAGAGACCCUGCAACAACUCGGCUGUUUGUCCAGUGCACGGAGUCUGGGACGAGUGGUCACCCUGGAGCCUGUGCUCCUCCACCUGUGGACGGGGCCACCGGGAACGCACACGCUCCUGUAAGCCCCCACAGUUUGGGGGAGACCCCUGUCCAGGACCGGACAAACAGAACAAGUUCUGCAACAUUGCGGUUUGUCCAGUGGACGGCGUGUGGAACGAGUGGUCCAGUUGGAGCUCCUGCUCCACGACCUGCUCCAACGGGACCACCCAGCGCACGCGGGAGUGCAACGGGCCCUCCUAUGGGGGGUCCGAGUGCCACGGAGGCUGGCUGGAGACAGUGGACUGCUUCCUUGGCGACUGUCCAGUGGAUGGAAAAUGGCAGCCGUGGACCUUGUGGACCGGCUGUUCUAAGACGUGCGGGGGCGGUAGCCAGCAGAGACAGAGGGUCUGCUCUGGGCCCAUCUUCGGGGGUCAGCCCUGCCCUGGGGAGCAGGAGGAGGUCCGGCAAUGCAACGAGAAGAGGUGCCCUGAACCUCACGAGAUAUGCGGGGAGGACAACUUCUCCAACGUGGUGUGGAAGAUGACCACCGCCGGCGAGACCGCUGCGGUUCGCUGCCCGCCCAACGCGAUGGGACUCAUCUUGCGCCGUUGCUCGCUCGACGAGGAAGGCAUCGCCUACUGGGAGAAUCCGACUUUUAUGAAGUGCAUAUCGAAUGAUUACCGUAGCAUUCAAACUCUGACUCGGGAACACUUGUCAAAGGCACAGCGGGGCCUCGUGGGAGAUGGAGUUUCAGAGGUGAUGACUAAGCUGAGGGUGACAUCCAGUGACGGGACCAGCUACAGUGGCGACCUGCUGGCCAUAGUAGACGUCUUGAAGAACAUGACCGAGAUCUUCCGAAGGGCCUACUACAGCCCCAGCACCGCUGACAUGCGGAACUUUGUCCAGUCCGUUAGUAACCUGCUGAUGGAGGAGAACCGGGAGAGAUGGGAAGAGGCACAGCUGCUUGGUCCCAACAUCAAGGAGCUCUUUCGUCUGAUCGAGGACUUUGUGGACGUCAUCGGCCUGAGGAUGAAAGACUUCCAGGACAUGUACGAGGUCACCGAAAACCUAGUGCUUAGCAUCCACAAGCGCCCGGUGAUGGGCAAUGCGGACAUCAGCUUCCCCAUGAAGGGCUGGAGGGGCAUGGUGGACUGGGCACGCAGCUCAGAGGACAGAGUCACCAUCUCCAAGAACAUUCUUUCCAACGGAAAGCCAGAUUCGGGUGACUCUUCAACCUUCGUGAGCGGCAUCGUUCUGUACAGAAAUCUGGGGAGCAUUCUGUCACUGCAGAGAAACAACACCGUGGUUAACUCCAAAAUCGUGUCUGUGACCAUCAAGCCAACACCGGCAUCGCUCUCACUUCCUGUGGAAGUGGAAUUCUCUCACCUUUACAACGGAACCACCAACCAGACCUGCAUAUCGUGGGAUGAGAGUGACAGCUCCUCGCUGCUCGGAUCGUGGUCUGCCAAGGGCUGCAGAGCCGUGCUCGUCGACUCAUUCAGAACCAAAUGCGUGUGUGACAGACUGUCCACCUUCGCCAUUUUAGCACGGCUAAAUCCUGACAUGAACAUGGAUAAAACACAGCUCCCGUCCGUCACGCUGAUCGUCGGCUGUGGCGUGUCCUCCCUCACUCUGCUGCUGCUCAUCAUCAUCUACGUGUCUGUCUGGAGGUAUAUUCGCUCUGAACGGUCGGUGAUCCUCAUCAACUUCUGUUUGUCAAUCAUCUCCUCCAACGCCCUGAUUCUCAUUGGUCAGACCCAGACACGCAACAAGGUGUUGUGCACCCUUGUGGCUGCGUUCCUCCACUUCUUCUUCCUGUCCUCCUUCUGCUGGGUGCUGACGGAGGCGUGGCAGUCCUACAUGGCGGUCACGGGCCGCUUGAGGAACCGCAUCAUACGCAAGCGCUUCCUGUGCCUCGGCUGGGGUCUCCCUGCCCUGGUGGUCGCCAUCUCCGUCGGCUUCACCAAGGCCAAGGGAUACGGAACGCCCAACUAUUGCUGGCUCUCCCUGGAAGGUGGCCUGCUCUAUGCCUUUGUGGGGCCUGCGGCCGCUGUAGUCUUGGUUAACAUGGUGAUCGGGAUUCUGGUUUUUAACAAACUGGUGUCCAAAGACGGCAUAACUGAUAUGAAACUGAAGGAGAGGGCGGGGGCGUCUCUGUGGAGCUCCUGUGUGGUGCUGCCGCUGCUCGCCCUGACCUGGAUGUCCGCCGUGCUGGCCAUCACGGACCGUCGCUCGGCCCUGUUCCAGAUCCUCUUCGCCGUCUUCGACUCCCUGGAGGGCUUUGUCAUCGUCAUGGUGCACUGCAUCCUGCGCAGAGAGGUCCAAGAGGCAGUCAAGUGUCGUGUGGUGGACCGCCAGGAGGACGGCAACGCAGACUCGGGAGGAUCUUUCCAGAACGGACACGCCCAGCUCAUGACUGACUUCGAGAAAGACGUGGAUAUUGCAUGUCGCUCAGGCCCCAUGAAGCGCUCCUCCCUGCAGGGGGAAGACAAGGCCUCAGCGGGCACGCUCACGCUGCAGAAGGGCUCCAACUUCAACACCAUGCCAGCCAGCAUGGCCAAGGUGCACCUGCAGAACGUGGCCGACUACAGCAGCCACACGCUGACCCUGCGCCGGGACAAGGCCGCCGCCGCCAACGCCAAGGGCAUCAGCACCGAGCUGCCGGGGGCCAAGUCCAUCUACAUCUGCGACGGGGAGCUCUUCAAGCAGCUGGACGGAGAGCCGCCACGGGGGGCCGGAGAGGGCGGUGGCGGGGGCGGGUCAGACGCCGGAGGAGGCGGAGGGGGCGGCCCGGGCCCGGGGAACAACCAAGGGUACGUCAUCCUGCCCACCAACAACUCGGGCACGCUGAAGCCCUCCAAGGGCAAGGAUGACCCGGCGGCAAAGUACAACCUGAGCAUCGAGCAGCUGCCUCAGAGCCGGCUCGUCCACCUGGCCAACUCGGCCGGGACGGACGGGGUGCCGGGCUUCGGGCUGAAGAGCCUGCCGGCCGACCAGGUGAGCGUCUCGUGCACGGAGAGAGACUCGCCCAUGCACAACCUGCACAACAUGGGCCACAACAUGGGCGAUGGCGGCGGCGACGGUGGGAACGGGAUGUCCAAGGGCGAGAACAUCGCCACGCUGUCCAUGAGCUCGCUAGAGGUUAGUCCAGAGCAGAGGAGCUACAAGCACGCCAGACGAAAAUCACGCUAUGCUGAGCUCGACUUUGAGAAGAUAAUGCACACCAGGAAACGGCACCAGGACAUGUUCCAGGACCUGAACAGGAAGAUCCACACUGCAGACAAGGACAGAGAGUCGCCUCCCGUCGACAGCAAAGGCGCCAAAAGAUGGAGCAUAUCGUCUGCGGGCAGUGACAAGACCAACCUGAGUGACAAGCAGCAGACCCCCAGCAAGAGGCCCUGGGACGGCAUCCGUAAGCCCCACUCCCCCCCGUCCUGGGUGAGGAAGGACCUGGACACGGUGGCCGCCUCGCCCCUGGAGCUGCAGACGGUGGAGUGGGAGAAGGUCAGCGCCACCAUCCCCCUGGUGGGCCAGGAGCUGAUGGACCUGCAGACUGAGGUGUGAGGACCCCCCCCGGGGACGGACAGACGG